UGUGUGAAGUAGGCGGUAUCGUACGAGAAGCCUUCUCCCGAUAGUUAAACUGGUCGGCAAAUACACCUAAUUUCACCAGUGGUCAAGUGCAGGAUUUUUUUUUUUUGGGUGUAGUGUCGAGAGUUGCGGAGAAGUGCACAACUACUAGCCGAGUGCUUGGUUAUGGACGUUUAAAAUUAUAAUAUCUCAAGUCGCCUAGCAACAACAUGACUCUAGUGUUAAACUGCGGUGUAUUGCUGCUAGUUAGCAUUUUCACCCUUUCGUGCGGGCUCGAUGCCCGCGAUAGAGCCAACCCCGUCGGCUCAUCGUUUGUGAAGACUAGGAGGAAAAUGCUGAAUGUUUUGGACAGUGCUGUUAUCGAGGGCUCGGUGCCGGACCCCUCCGCUCUGCACCGCUACAGUAAAGUUAACAAACGGAGCACGGAGCUUGAAGAUACCUGUAACGACUGGAGAGGGUUUGAAGCCAGGCUCACUAACAACACGCACCCGUUUCCGUUCUUCGACUUGAGUGGCUCGGUGUCGCUGGCCUGGGUGGGCGAUGGGACUGGAGUAGUCCUGGCAUUGACUACGUUCCAGGUGCCUUUACUGCUAGUGAAAUUUGGCCAGUCCAAACUCUACAGAAGUGAGAAUUACGGGAAGUCGUUCUCGGAUGUCAGCGGCCUCAUUAACAACACCUUCAUCCGGACCGAGUUCGGGAUCGCCAUCGGCCCGGAGAACUCCGGCAAGGUGAUCCUCACGGGAGAUGUGUCGGGAGGGAGCGCAGGAGGCAGGAUUUUCCGGUCUCUGGAUUUCGGGAACAGAUUUUCCCGUACGGAUCUGCCUUUCCACCCCCUGACGCAGAUAACCUACAACCCCAGGAACGCCAGUCAGCUGCUGGUCCUCGGCAUCAACUAUGCCCUGUGGCUCUCCCUCGACUUUGGGGAGACCUGGAGAAUGAUGCACGACACUGUCUGCCUUGUGAAAUGGGGUCCUAAGAACACAAUCUUCUUCACCACCUACCCCAACGGAUCAUGCAUCGAUCGGGGGAUGCUGGAGCUCAGGAAGACGUCCGAUUUUGGGAGGUCCUUCCGGACGAUCGGCACCAAGAUCUACUCCUUCGGUCUGGGCGGCAAAUUUAUCUUCGCGUCCGUCAUGACUGGAUCGGGCACUAUACGGGUGAUCCACGUGUCUGUGGAUCAGGGGGAGUCGUGGAACAUGGCCCAGCUGCCCCCUGUGGGCCACGAGCAGUUCUACUCCAUCCUGGCAGCCAAUGACGACAUGGUGUUCAUGCACGUGGACGAGCCAGGGGACACCGGUUUUGGCACGAUCUUCGUCUCGGACGAUCGAGGAAUCGUUUACUCCAAGUCCCUGGAGAGACACCUUUACACGAUGACGAGCGGGGACACGGACUUCACCAACGUGACCUCUCUGCGGGGGGUCUACAUGACCAGCGUCCUGGCUGAAGAUGGCUCAGUGCAGACGGUCAUCACGUUUGACCAGGGAGGAGAGUGGAAGCCCAUUCGAAAGCCAGAGAACAGCCAGUGCGACUCCACAGCCAGGAACAAGGAGAUGUGCAGCCUCCAUAUCCACGCCUCCUACAGCAUCUCUCAGAAACUCAACGUUCCCAUGCUGCCCCUGUCCGAGCCCAACGCUGUGGGCCUGAUCAUCGCUCACGGCAGCGUGGGGGAUGCGAUCUCUGUGAUGACCCCCGAUGUGUACGUGUCCGAUGAUGGGGGGUACUCCUGGAUCAAGGCUCUGGUGGGACCCCAUCACUACGCCAUUCUGGACUCUGGGGGGCUCAUCGUGGCUGUGGAGCACAGCCCCUCCCAGCCCAUCAAACACAUCAAGUUCUCCACAGACGAGGGGCAGUGCUGGUACCGGUAUAACUUCACCACUGACCCGCUGUACUUCACGGGCCUGGCGUCUGAGCCUGGGGCCCGGUCCAUGAACGUCAGCGUGUGGGGGUACCGGGAGACUCUGGUCACACAGUACUGGGUCUCCAUCACCAUCGACUUCAAUGAGCUGCUCACCCGUGACUGUGACGAGAAGGACUACGUCCAGUGGCUGGCUCACUCCAAUGACCUGAGCGACCCCAACGACGGCUGCAUGCUGGGGUACAAGGAGCAGUUCCUGAGGCUCCGCAAGGCCUCCGUCUGCUGGAACGGCAGGGACUACGUUGUGAACAAGCAGCCCAGCACCUGCCCCUGCACCCUGGACGACUUCCUCUGUGACUUUGGAUACUUCCGUCCGGAAAACCGCUCGGAAUGCCUGGAGCAGCCGGAUCUUAAAGGUCACGACCUGGAAUUCUGCCUACACGGGACGGAGGAGCUUCUCCAGACCAGCGGCUACCGUAAGAUUCCGGGGGACAGGUGUGAAAGCGGGACGCAGCCGGAGAGGAAGGUGAUCGAUCUCCGUAAGAAGUGUGUGAGCAACCUGCUGGACCCUGCGCAGCUGGCUACCACACCCUCCACCAGUCCUGCCCCGAUUGUGGCUGCAGUAAUCGGGGUGCUGGCGAUAACGAUCAUAGCUGGGGUCCUCCUUGUGAAGAAAUAUGUCUGCGGUGGGAGGUUCCUGGUGCACCGGUACUCCGUCCUGCAGCAGCACGCAGAGGCCAAUGGGAUCGACGGGGUGGAUGAGCUGGAGACUAACUCCGCCCACUCCAGCAAACGCGACUAUCACGAUGACUCUGACGAGGAUCUCCUCGAGUGAGAGAGCAGAUGAAGACCCCCCCCCCCCCCCCCCAGCCACUGUGAGUGCGCCCCCCCAGCCUGCCCAGCCCUGCAGAAUGCACCCCCGCCCCCGUUUCCUGGAAAUACAAAGCAAAACAAAACCGUUCAUACAAACUUCAACAAUUCAACUGAACAUUUAAAUACACUGCAAUCUGCAGACCAUGUGGCAAACACUAUGUUUUAUGUUAGCACAGAGAGAAUUCAAAAUCAGCAAUAUAUACAGCUAUUUUCUUAAACUUUUUUUUUUAAUAAACUGGAUUCCUGUUGAGCUCUGUGGAAUGAGAGAGAGAAUGCCGCAGCAGUGACUGGGAAAGGUGUUAACAGACAGGCUAGCGCCCCCUAUGGACUGUAUGCAGGGGUAGCGAUCUGGAGGCAUUGCGAAUGAAGGUACUCUGUUUGUAGAGCGAUCGUAGGCCUUCAAACUGAAGACGUGCAAGUAGACGUGUUGGCAUUUCUUUAGGUUCACUGAAUAUCAUUACUUCUGCUUGACUUUUUUGUUUGUUUUGUAACUUGCUGCCCAGCUUGCUUGUUUUUAUUAUUCUUCUGUUUCAAGUGCGACAAGUCAAGAGAGGGUUACAUCUCCUCCAGGGGCAGACCGGGGGUAAGGAUUUUAUUAAUAUUGCAAACCCAAACCUUCAAUGGAUCCUGACGUACUCAUAAUUUUAAAUGCACGGUUGAUGAUGAUGAUGAUGAUGAUGAUGAUGAUGAUGAUGCUUUUGCAGAAACGUCAGCUACAUCCAUACUCUCAUAUUGGACUUGCAUUGUAAUGAUGCUGCUCAUUGUAUAAACUCAUCACAGACUGUUGUCCGCUCAAUCCUGUGUUUGCUUGUUUUUAACACAGGUCUAGCUUUGUUUGGUAGAUAUUUAUAUGUCAAGGGUUAGUAAACUGGGCUAGAAUUUAUUUUGACAAAGAAUGCCCUAUCUUCAGCAUACUGUAGGUGUGUGUGGCGUUUUAUUUUUUAAUUUUCAGGUAAAGUUUUGAAAUUGUAACGCUAAGCUUGUUGCUUCUGUUAGGUUGUUUUUAACCUAAAGACCAACCUCAAAGAUUUUGCUAUGAUUUAUAUCUCUUUCUAGUUAUUUAAUUGAUAGAGAAAGUUUGGGUUAUCAGAACAGAAAGCCUUUUUACGAACUUGAAAGCAUUAAAACAUAAAUACAUUUGCAAUGACCCGUGUGAGUUUACAAACACAAUUGACCUUUUAAUUGAGCAGCCAGUAAAACAGGAUCAAUAAAGUCCUGUGCUGGUAAGAGCAACCUGACAUCUUUUGGUAAUAAUUUCUUCUGUGUGGAUCUGACUGUCCCUUUUUAUAACAAAUAAUUAAUAAAACGUGUGCGGUUUUGAAUCGCUUCCUCUUUCUCCUGUUUCCACGCGUGGCAUGGUUUUCAAACUGGGCAACAAAAGAUUGUAAAGCACUCGAUUCUGGAGGUACCAAUUUAACUUGUGUGUUUUUUUUUUAAUAGAUAGUAAAAUGUUGUGUGUCUCUGUGUGUGUGUGUGUGUUUUAUGUCUCUGUCUAUCUCUCUCUAUAUUUUGGAAAACCUUCCUGACCCAAGUCAGGUUUUCAGAACUGUUCUGCAGCCUGGUUCCUAUUUUUGUCCCUUGGUGAGGAGGAUCAGAAUUGAGCACCUGUAAACUUAGCAAUAAAGCAGAGAGUGUCUGGCAACAACAAACCUGCAGAACAAAUCAUGCAUCAGAGGACUGCUGUUCCUCAGAGUACAGCAGCAACCCUAACCUGCAGGCACAGGAGCAGCUUUUUAAAAGGCACGGUCUCCAGAAGCUCUAGAUGAGGAGGCACGGUCUGCAGAAGCUCUAGAUGAGGAGGCACAGUCUGCAGAAGCUCUAGAUGAGGCACGGUCUGCAGAAGCUCUAGAUGAGGAGGCACGGUCUCCAGAAGCUCUAGAUGAGGAGGCACGGUCUGCAGAAGCUCUAGAUGAGGAGGCACAGUCUCCAGAAGCUCUAGAUGAGGAGGCACAGUCUUCAGAAGCUCUAGAUGAGGAGGCACGGUCUCCAGAAGCUCUAGAUGAGGAGGCACGGUCUGCAGAAGCUCUAGAUGAGGAGGCACGGUCUGCAGAAGCUCUAGAUGAGGAGGCACGGUCUGCAGAAGCUCUAGAUGAGGAGGCACGGUCUGCAGAAGCUCUAGAUGAGGUUUUGCAAGCUGCUGAGAAUCUUAAACCUGCGCAAACCUUAACGGCCCAGUGAAUAUAUUUAGUGAGUUUAGGACCAGCUGCUAGAAUUACUCGUCUUGGGAACCCUGGUUUAGAGGGUACUGGAUUUGCAUGUGACGUUUGGGUUUGUUUUUUUCGCUUUCUAACAAAAUGUUCCAACAAUUCUGAAUUCAUUGUGAAUUUACUAGGGGUAGGAGAAUGGCACACUCGUUUAGUAGUGGAUUCAUGUUGUUUUAUAUCCUGAUUGUAGGCUUGAAAAAGAUAAAAAAAUAAACUUAAUUAUUUAGAGGUUUUGGAAUCUACUAUUUUGUUGUAGUGCACCUAAUGUUUCAUGCAUACCAGAAUCUACUGUGUUGCACCUCAAGUGAACAGCCUUGUACUUCAGUAUGGUCUUUUUAAUGCAAGAACAGUCCAUAACAUUGAAACAACACUACCCGAGAGAUUACAAACCCUAACUCUGUCACUAGCUAUAAAAUACGAAAAAGGACUAGCGGGACAAACAGGCUGCAGCUUUGAUCUUAAUCCAGCGCUGCUUUCCUUCGGAACAGCUUUAGGAUGAUCGUCCAUCGCAGAUUCUAAAUUCCGAGUCUGACAUCGUAGAAGGUUAAAGGAACGUUAACAUUCAUAGAACACCAGCCAAGUCACAUCAAAUCUGUAAAUUUGAGAUGGUCAGUCCCUCCCCUCCCGGUGGAUUGAGAGGUGGGCAUUUUAAAGUUUGGGGACUGAUCUCAAGCCAGUGAUAACACGAUGGGGGUCAGUAGGGUCAGGGGCUGCUUGCACAAAACACUGGAGUAUCAAACUCCGAGGAGGCAUUUUCCCUUCACUAGGGGAUUGACUUAAAUGCAUUAAGCUGCUUUCUGCAACACCCUUAAACUCAAAGAACUCUUAAUUAAGGUGCUUCAUGCAACUGGCCAUGCUUGGUUGUCUGUGUAAAUAAACUCUGAGGAACAGCUUCCAGCUGGUGUCUGAGAUCAGCCGUGAACGAUGCUGUCAUGAAAUAGAAGUAAGCCUUGCAAUAUUUCAUUUUGAAGUCUCGCUUUCUCAAGUGCAUCUGAAGGAUGUAACGCUGUAUCUGAACGAGGGCAGCUUCCUGGCUGUCAAAGGAUUGCUCUAACUUUGGUACUGGCUAUUUUUUUUUUUUUUUUGAUAUUUUGAAAAUGUUUGGUUUAUAAAGACUGUAUUAAAAAUACUAACAACUGUAAUUAAAAUAAUAAACUUCACGGUACUUUUUUCUUUUCAUUGUAAUGCAAAUGAAAGAGUUUGUUUUUAUUUUUUCCCCACCCUGCUACUCCAUUAAUAAAGACUGAAUGUAAUUUUAAAAA